AUGGAUAAAGAGAAAAUACAGAAAGCACCGCCGGAAGUGGAGAAAAAAUCUCGAAUUCGCCGAGAGUUGGAAAGCAUGCAGACACUGGCAGACAUCAAGCAACAGCGGCAACUUGGACGCGACGUGAGAAAGGCAGCGAAACGGAAAGAGCGGAGGAUUAGAUGGCAACAAGAUCAGGAUGAAAUCCUAAAACGAGACUUAGAACAACUUCAAGCGAUUCCUGAACGUCAAACACCAUCGUCUGCUCAUUCUCGUGUCACCUCUGGUCCCGGAUCUCGCGCGCAGUCUCGGCAGACCGAGAGACUGCGAGAUUGCGAAGUCAGCCAUGCAUGGACGCAGACAGAGGCAGACGAUGAUGAUAGGAAUAUGGAACAAGUGAUGAUGCAGUUGAAAAGGAAGUCAUUAGCAGAGCAAAAGAAAAUGUCACGUGACCUUGUUGACAGCCCUGACCAGUUCGAGGAACCGGAAGAUGACCAUGAUAUUGAGUUUUUCAAGAAAUUGUUCAAAUUUCUUGAUCAGCAGAAAACGGGUCGUCUUACGUACGAGGAGCUGGAGACACCAUUGAGGAAAAUUGGGUUUGACUUGUCUCUCAAGGAAAUGAAGGAAAUGACUGCCUCUGUAAGUGGCGCUGGGCGCGAUUACGUAACAUUUCCCGAGUUUCUGAAGUUUUGCCUUGAUAACCAAACGACGCUUGAUGAAGAUUAUGUGGAUAUAAAAGAGGUUUUUGAGCAAAUCGACGACAACCACAAAGGUUACAUCGAAGAGAGCGACCUAAUUCGCACAUGCGCAGUUAAUGAGAUCGAUCUUUCCAAGCUGCAGAUCGAACAGAUGAUAAUGGAAGCAGACAAGAAUGGCGACGGUCACGUGACUCUUCAGGGUUUCAUGAAAGUGAUGAUGCAAACAAAUUUGUUUUAG